AUGUGCAUUACAUCUGAACUGGUUUUACCAAUGGUAUUCGAAAAUCAAGCGCUCAGCCGUACUUCAGAUCAUCAGCAACAAAAUCGUGAUCGCUCACGCUUUUUCUACAAACUACGUCAAAAGAGAAAGCAACGUCGUCUUCAGCAUGGUCAGAUUCGUCGAGAUUCUCAUUAUCAACACCACGCACAGGAAAUUGAAAGAACUGAUCAAAAGCAACAAAAAGAACCUAGAUUAAUCACCGCCAUAGUUGGUUCGUCUAUUGCUCGAAAUAUUGUAGUGCAUAAUAUAGAAAGUAGAACAAAUGAAGUGCGUCUUCGAUUUCAAUCUGGGAGUGAUUGCGCCGAAGCUCUGGGUUGGUUACAAUCGACUGAUGGUCAAUUUUUCAUGCGCGGUGUGCAUCAUUUAAUUUUCAUUAUUGGCACGAAUGAUCUUCAUCGAGUUGGAGCUUUUGAAACAGUCCAACGUAUCGACUAUACGAUUGCGACAGUUCGAUGUUUGUAUCCGAAAGUAAGUAUUGUUUGGCAACUGCUUCAACAACGAACACGAAAGACUUGGCUUUUGUCUGAAGGACAAUCAGUUUUGAAUGAGAUUGAAAGAUGUAACGUGUUCCUUCUUGACCUGGCUACCAAAAGAAACUUUGAGACUAUUCAGCCAAAGAUUCCCAUUGAAUAUAUGUAUGACGGUCUACAUCCAUCGAAAUGUGGGGUUGAAAUGAUGGAAGCAACCAUUCGGAAUCAUUUACAAAAAUACAAAACGGUUCAUUCUUUUUUAUAUUCUACUGAUCCUUGUUGCUUUCGAAAUGAUGUAUAUCUUCCACCGUUGAUGUCAAUUAAAUUUUAA